AUGUCUAUUCCACAAAGACAAACACCUCCGAUCGAGGAACUGCGUCAAUUUUACGUUGGCAAAAGUAUCAACGAUGUUCCUAAACCUACGGUUAUUCUCGACAAGGCUAGGAUCGCUCGCCAUUGCCAGUCUAUGCUGGACUCUGUCGAUGCGCUAGGCCUGGACUUUCGUGCCCAUGUCAAAACUCACAAGACAAUAGAAGCCGCUCGUCUUCAAUUUGGAAAAGGCAACCGUGACGUGAAGCUCAUCGUGUCCACACUAGCCGAGAUCGAACAUCUUCUACCUCUCCUCAAAGAAUACAAAGAAGCAGGUCGUCGACUCGACAUCCUUUACGGUCUGCCCCUUCCUCGCUCUCAGAUCCCACGUUUGGCAGCCUUGGGCGCAGAGUUGGGCCCAGACACCAUCUCCGUUCUCAUCGACCAUCCAUCUCAACUCCAACCCGUCAAAGCCUUUUCUCAGCAUGCCAAAUUUCCCGCAAAGGUGUUCUUAAAGGUCGACACAGGCUAUCACCGUGCAGGACUCCCGCCGCUGUCACUAAACAAGAAUGGAUUGAUAGAGUCCCUUGCGCAGCUCGAGGCAAGUGGGGAGGCCGAGCUGCUAGGACUGUACUCGCAUAGUAGUCUGAGCUACAAGGACUCGACUCCAGAACAAGCCAUGGCCAACUUGGAGGGCGAAAUCCAAGGAUGUCUCGAUGCCGUCAAUGCUCAAGCGCACUUGUUCGCAAAAAACAAAGAGAUCAUCAUCAGUGUUGGUGCUUCACCUCAAGUCACAGCUGCCGAAAAUCUAGCUACUUCGGACGGAGAUCUGUCGCCUGCAGCCGAGUCGCUCCGAAAAGCCAUUGAAGUUGUUACUACAGGUCAGCCAGGCGGCUUACAGACAAAGCUGGAGCUACAUGCCGGCGUUUACUCCAUUCUUGACAUGCAGCAGGUUUCCACUAAUUCGAGAAGAAACUUGGGAUCACACGAAGAAGAGAUUGCCAUUUCCGUCAUUGCGGAAGUGUGCAGUACAUACAACGAUGGUGAGCGAGCUCAACCAGAAGCCUUGGUCGCUGUUGGUACACUGGGCUUGGGCCGUGAGCCUUGUGCUGCUUACGCAGGCUGGGGAGUAGUGAGCCAGAGGUCUUACGAAGCUGGAACCAAUACACCGAAACGGUUGAUCGUCGACAGAGUAAGCCAAGAGCAUUCAAUCUUGGCUUGGGAGCACGCUCAUGACGAGGAUACGUCCGGGCUACCGCCUCUGCCGCUGGAAGUUGGGCAAAAUGUUGUCAUCUUUCCGAACCAUGCAUGUGUCACUGGGGCUCUCUAUGGAUGGUAUCUUGUUGUCGACUCAUCUCAAGGCGAUGCGGAAAGGAUUGUUGAUGUUUGGGUAAGGGCUAGCGGAUGGUGA